AGAUGGGAGAGAGCAUGUCCAAGAGGCUGAAGCUGCAGCUGGGCGGUGAAGCGGAGAUGGAGGAGCGGGCUUUCGCCAACCCCUACCCCGACUACCAGCCCCAGGGAGCCGUGGCAGCCCCCAGCGCGGCAGACGCCCACCGGGACAGGGCGCUGCAGCCGCCGGCGGAGGAGGAGUCCCUCCCCUUCGGCGCCGACGGGAAGGUCAAUGCUCGGUUCUCAAAACGGAUCCAGGCAAAAAUCAAGGACCUUCUGCAACAAAUGGAGGAAGGGCUGAAGACAGCAGAUCCACAUGACUGCUCUGCCUAUACUGGCUGGACUGGUAUUGCCCUCUUAUAUCUGCAACUGUACCGCGUCACGAAAAACCAGAGCCAUUUGCAGCGAUCUCUUGAUUACGUGAAGAGAAUCCUUCGCAAUCUGAAUGGCAGGAGAGUUACUUUCCUCUGUGGUGAUGCUGGGCCGUUGGCAGUGGGUGCAGUAGUUUACCACAAACUGAAAAACGACAGUGAGUCUAAAGAAUGUGUUGCCAAAUUGUUACAGCUCCAAAGGACAGUCAUCAGCACAGAUUCCGAACUUCCAGAUGAGUUGCUCUAUGGCAGAGCAGGUUACCUGUAUGCCUUGCUGUACCUGAAUACUGAAAUCGGUCCAGACACUGUCCCACAGUCUGUUAUUAAAGAGGUCAUAGAUGCUAUUAUUGAGUCGGGGAAAAACUUCUCAAAGGAGGAGCGGAAAACAGACCGUUGUCCUCUGUUGUACCAGUGGCACAGGAAGCAGUAUGUUGGAGCAGCCCAUGGAGUGGCUGGGAUCUAUUACAUGCUCAUGCAGCCAAUUGCAAAUGUGGACCAAGAGACCCUGACAGAGCUGGUGAAGCCAAGCAUUGACUACGUGCGUCAUAAAAAAUUCCGAUCUGGGAAUUACCCAUCAUCCCUGAGCAAUGAGACUGACAGACUGGUUCACUGGUGCCAUGGUGCCCCUGGAGUCAUCCACAUGCUCAUGCAAGCUUAUAAGACUUUUAAAGAGGAUAAAUACUUGAAAGAUGCUAUGGAUUGCAGCGAUGUCAUCUGGCAGAGAGGUUUAUUGAGAAAAGGGUACGGCAUCUGCCACGGUACUGCUGGCAAUGGCUACUCCUUCUUGUCUCUCUAUAACCUAACUCAGGACAGAAAGUACCUCUACCGAGCUUGCAAGUUUGCUGAAUGGUGUUUGGAGUAUGGUGCACAUGGAUGUCGUAUUCCUGACCGACCUUAUUCCCUCUUUGAAGGCAUGGCUGGAGCUAUUCACUUCCUCUCCGACAUUUCAGUGCCAGAGACUUCCCAGUUUCCAGCGUUUGAACUUAGACCUCAAAGGAGGGAAAACAAAGUGGAACAGGACGGCUAAACCCAUCAUUUUGAAAGGAAACUGAUGCCAAAAGAGAUGAGACUGUUUAGUGCCUCUGAUAGUGAACCAACUUGAUGCUGAACCGACAGAUGGAUAAAGCCCUUUUCUCACUCCUCCUGCCCCAAAGGGCCAUGAAGUCAUUAGAGCAUGAACAGGAGAAGCCACACUUAAGUUCUGUUAAAGUGACACCUUCAGAUGUAGGACCAGAGAAGUCAAGUUUUGAACUUCCUCUUUUCCGUUGUAUUUGUCGUCUUCAGGUCUUUGCUAUGCUCUGCACGUUUAUUGGUGUUGUGUGUUGAUCUGAGUCUUUUGUUGUUAGCCAAAAGCUGGUCUCCGUGUGAAUCUCUGUCCUGUACCUUUCGUGCAUGACUCACAAGAGCAGCGUUGCUUUCUGAAGCGUGGUUACCCGCAGAGAGAGUUUGCUGCAGGACGGUGCCCAGCUUCACUGGUGUGCUGGCAGCUCUAAAAAGAGAUGAAAAACGCUUCUAUGUUCAUUUUUUUCUGCCUUUUGCUCCACAGUCCUUACAAGCUAAGCUGGUAGAUCAGCCUGUUUUGAUGAAGAGCCAUGAGGCCAUUUCCAUUUUCAGAAACGUAGCAGGUUGGAAGGGAUCUGACUUGUCUUUUGCUGCUGUUGUGGGAGGCUUCUUUAAGAGAGAGGAUCCCUUUGAUACCUGCAGCUGGUUAGUGUGUUAGGUGCUUAUAGCAGGGUGGAGAUGCUUCUCCCCACUGCUGCACAGCCCCAUCCCAUGCUAUGAGCUUAAACCGCAGGUCGAGUCACUCGGACUAACCUCCCUCUGCCACCAACAGCAGAACCUGGACAGCAUAACUGCUGCUUCUUUCCUGGACCUCGAUUUGGAAUAAACCUGUCCUGCAGCCUCUCAUACAGAUGAGCAAGGGAGAGUGCCAGGGCAAGCUUCUCAUGCAGGUAGCUCAGGAUGAUUGUUACUUGGGAACCAAAGUGGUGAUUUGUUCCAGGCCCUUCCCUCCCAUGUAGUAGUACAGGAAUGAAAAAUACCAGCUGCUUUUGGAGGCUGCAGAAGAUUAUUGAGCAAGAUGGAAACCAUUGCUAGUGGCUGUAAUUGAAGUAUAUUUCAUCUUUAAAUCCACACAGAAAAAUCUCUUUUCCCAAAAUCUUAACUGCUGCUAGUGCAUUGCUUCUGCCUGUGGUAGGGUUGUGAAAUCCUGGACCUGCCUUCAGGUGCUCCUGAGUAUCAGGGCAUUGGUUUGGGCGAAGUGGGAUAUACUCGGAGUACUUGUAGAACAGGCUUAUGUGUCCAGGUAGUACCUAAAGUGUAGCGCACUCCCAGUCACCCAGGCUCUGUAGUCAUUCUUCCCCAGGUCUCCUUGUGCUCUGUCAUUCCAGGUGCUGAUUUUAAUCGGUAUCUUCUGUGGGGUGCAAGCGUGACAGAUGGAGUGUGGAGUUUGACCUUUUGGGCAUGCAUGGGGAUAUCUGUGACCUGUGGGCCAUCUGCUGAGUCCCAUUGUCUGUGGUCUGUGGUUGGAGUUGGAGGUGCAUUGUCGCUUCUGCAUAAAUCUGUCGAUUUGUCAUCUUGCAGGUGACUUCCUUGAGUGCAUUCCAGUGUCUGUUCCCAAAUCCCUUGAGAUGUUAGUAAUUUUCCCAUUCAGCUCUGCUGGACAACAGCAGCACAGUCAUACACAAACAACAUCACAGUGUAGCAGCUCAUCUGCUGGUUUUUCAGGUAGGAUUAAAACAUGGGAGCAGCAGAAGAGACUUUCCUAUCCCUCUGGCAAAGGCAGAAGCUGAGGUGGGAGCAACAAACCCAGCUGAAUCUGUACAGCCAGGGAUGGGGGAAAAUGUUGAAAGGCAGUGAGAGCAGGGAAUGCUGCAAGGCAAGCAGCUGGGCUGAAGCAAAGAGGAGCAGAGCAGCAGAAAGUGAGAAACAGAGGGAGUUAUUAAUGUGAGGGAUCAGCAAGGAACAGGAAGAGCUGGUCCUGGAGGCAAUGCACAGUGUACCAGCAGAGAGCUCUCGAUGAGAGAUUCCUCCAUGCCAAGAGCUAAUUCUGUUUCUUUCUUCAGCCUGUGGAUCUCUGCUCCCACCCAUAGAAAAGGCAGGGAGGAAACUUGCCCAGGAAGUCUCAAAGAAAUAGUAACAGAGGUAGAUGCCACCUCUGGUCCUGUUUCCCAUCAGUCCCCACCUCUUUGUUCCUUCCCCUCCACUGUGGCUGCAGAGCAUGUUGGAUGUCAACAGGGAGAGGGCUCACCACAUUUACAGGAACUGCUCGUGAACACUGUCCACCCUGGCAAAUCCUAAGCCUCCGUUGUAUGUACUGUUUAACCAGGGGGUCAGGUGGCAGGUUUUUCAUUCAGUGACUAUAUGCAUAUUGGCCUUGGCUACUGUGCUUGGAAUGGCUCCUGAGAGAAGUGAGUUUGGCUGGUUGGAGCCUAAAGGCAAUUAAAACCUGCUAGUUGUAAAAAUGUGCAGUUAUAUACGCACUCAGCACAGCUGAAUGGUGAGAGGUCCCCAAGCUGCUGGAGUGUGCCUAUCAAGAUAAUGAGCAAGUCAGCUACCUGCUCUUCUGUACCACAGCCAGGCCUCCCACCACCUUUCUCUGCAGAAUCCUCUUGGACUUGAGUAAGACUGGAAAUGUAUUGAGCUGGGAAGUGUCUUGACAGUGCAUCUGCCUCAUCUUCCCGCCGUAACUUUCCCCGUGGCUCCUCCUUUCUGUUCAUCACAGCGUUGUGCUAUCUAGGUGGCCCCUUAAGGAAAGAUGCAGUGUGAAGGUGAAAAAGUGCAUUUCACCCAGGUAUUGUCUUCAGAAAUGACAUCAAACUACAAAUGUAGAAAAUGUCUUAAUAUUCCCUGGUUUGCUUUGUCCAUGUGUAAUAAUCCACCUGUUGCAAAAAGCAAUAGUGUUAAAAAUGGAAAUGCUCUUUGGGCAGAAAAAGAGGAAAAAAAUGCUGAUGUUUUGUUCUUUGGCUUUAUUAGUAAAGAUUAAGCUAUGUGGUGGUUAA